UAAAACCCAACUCUCAUGCCAUUAGAAAGAGGAUCAUGAAAAACCUAUAAAAAGAUGGUUCAUGAAAUUUUAGUUCACUCAUAAAGCUAAAGUCCGCUUGCUCUAGCAAAAAAUGCCCACUGUGCAUUAUGAUUGUAUUGUAUAAUGAAAGUUGAGCAUUACGAAAAGAGCACGUUUUCAUAAAGAAAAGAUCAAUCAAAAAAUAUAUAUAAAUGAAAAGAUUUAUUUGUCUUGGUUUGAUCAAGGUAAUCAUUUAUUAUCAAUUUAAAGAUAGAACUCUAAAUAUGCUAUAGCAUAUUCAUCGAUUCGUAGUUGUUUAUUACAUUUUUACUUUGAAAGAAAUAAAACACAAACAGAAUGUCUCGGAGCAUUUUAACAAAUCUCGAGACACGCAAGAAAUAAGAGAAAAAGAAUAUAUAUACUUGUGAUUGAUUUAUCUUGUAGAUUUUUACAAUUAGUCUACAUUGCGAUGUUACAGUCACCUGGAACAUCGUCCUUAUCAUCAAAUCAAGAACAACAGCAUCAAACGGCUGCUGAGGGUGCUGGUACUAGUGCUGGUGGCGGUGGUGGUAGUGCUGUUGAGGCAGCAACGACGCCAUCGACAGUAGCAAAUCGGAUCAGUUGA